CAGUCGUCGAGUGACGGUCGCUGAGUCGCAGAGCUCAAAGCUUGAAGUCCAUGACCAAAACUGCGGUUGAAGCAGAGGAGCGCGAGAAACCAAAACUAAGUAGUAUUUUCAUAAACUCACCAAUCUCCAUGGCGAAAUUAGGAUCGAGAGUUAAGAAGUCCAACACUGGUGGCUCCUUAGUAGAAGCAAAAGCUAACCAUGGUGCCAAUAGGGCCCAAGCUAAUGCUGACGAUGUUGCCAGUAGGGCCCACAGAACUGAAAUGGACCACCAUCCAGCCCCACCACUUUUCAUUCGUCCUGCUCGUACAAGUUUCUCCCUUCCAGGGGCCUUCUCGGUCCCGGGAAUAGGAGGAGCCAGCAGUCGUGAGCUAACAAGGAGCCCCCAACCUGAUCCAGCUCUUCCCAACAACCAAAACAACUUCACCAGUCCUCUGGAUGCCACUUUGGUAGAUCAGGAAGCACAACACCAAGAAACAGGGCAAGUUCAAGUGCAACUUCCAGAAGCAUUGAACGUAAUGCCCAUGAGGAGCAAAGAAAAAGAAUCGUCGUCAUCAUGCUCCUCCACUCUUGUAAAUGGAUGUUUCUUUGUGAUAAUCGCAGUGAUUGUUGGAUUGGUACUCUGGUUGGCAAUAUCACAACUAUCAAACCAAGACUUGGGUUCAUCAGAUCAGGUUGUGGCCAUUGGUACAUUCUCUGAACUUGCUGAGACCAACAGAAGCCACCAGUACCCACCAUUUGACAGUACAUUACAUCAAAACACACGCAAGGCAAUCCUGGAUGAUCCAACGGGGCCCCAAGCCAGUGCAAACAAUUGGAUGUGGGAAGAUCCAUAUCUUGACUCCUAUCCCAGGUGGCAGAAGAUCCAGAGGUUUUCCUUGGCUGUUGUUUACCAUGCCAUGGAAGGAGACAAUUGGUUUCGAAAUGACAAUUGGCUAUCCUAUGAAGUCCCUGAGUGUGAGUGGUUCUCGCAAAGCCCAACACCCUGUGAUCAGGAUGGGCAUCUCGUGAUGCAAGAUCUACAAUCAAACAAUCUUGUUGGCACUCUACCAAUGGAAUCCCAACUGCCAGAAAGCAUGAAAGUUUUGGAUUGCUCAAACAAUCACAUCUCUGGGGGGGUUCCCUUUGUGCCAUCCACAAACAAAAUGGAAGCUGUCUUGUUGUCAAACAAUAGUUUUGAUUUUGCCAUGUACUUUGUCGAUGCAGAUCUUGAUACCAGUUUCCUCCGAUUUUUGAAAGUGGAUUCUAAUCAACUGAAGUCCAACAACUUAAGGUUUAUUGGUGAAUUUCGAAGUGUUGAGCAACUCAAUAUCACAGGGAACCAAUUUGGAGGAACCAUUCCAUUGUGGGAAGCAAGUCGAGCAGCAAACUUGAACUACUUGGGCCUAGGGGACAAUUUGUUUGAAGGCACAAUACCUUCAGAGCUGGGCUUGAUGACCCAGUUGACAGAGCUCAACCUAUCUGGGAAUUCCGCUGUCAGUGGCACCCUUCCAAGUGAGUUGCUGUUAUUGACUUCCCUGAUGUACUUAGGUAUCUCUAGGACUUCCAUAACAGGCAGUAUCCCCAUUGAGCUGUGCUCUGGCAGCCUCAACAUCUCAAUCACAGCAAACUGCAGCCAGAUUCAGUGCUGUUGAGCAAAUUCCAUGUAUUAUGUGCUUUUCCUUAGGUAUAAUAUAUGCCAUUGUUGGCAUACUAAACCUCUCUAUUCAUAUUCAUUUUUCACAACAAAAAAGAUUCGCAUCAGAC